UCCCCUUUUUCCCUCUUCUCUUUUUUGUGCGUGGGGCGGGGAGGGCUUCUCUUUGCUGGUCGCCUCGUUUAGGAGUUUUGAAGCGCAUCCCAGAAUACGGAGGCUACUGAGUAGAUCGCCCGCCUUUAAAUACACUUCAUCCUGAUGGCCCAGUUCCUAUUUGACAGUGACUUGCAUGGCCUGUUGAAGCUGGAUGCCCCUAUACCCAAUGCACCUCCUGCACGAUGGCAACGCAAAGCCAAGGAAGCUGUCAAUGGCAGCACAGGCCCCUCUCCAGACACAACUCUUUCUCCCAUGAAGCCAGUUAACAGGUCUCACAGCACCAGCAAAACUCCCUCCAAGACACCAGGCAAGUCUGGCUCCAAAGCACAGAACACUCCAAACAAAACUGGAGGGGACAGGUACAUUCCCAAUCGCAGUGCCAUGCAAAUGGAUGUGGCCAACUUCCUCCUGACUAAAGAGGAGUCCUCUGAUGAAACACCUACAAAGAAGGAACAUCAGAAGGCCUGGGCAAUGAAUCUGAACGGCUUUGAUGUAGAAGAGGCAAAAAUCUUGCGUCUGAGUGGGAAGCCCCAAAAUGCCCCUGAAGGUUACCAGAACAAUCUCAAAGUGCUCUAUAGCCAGAAGAACACACCAGGUUCAACUCGGAAGACUGGUAGAUACAUAGCCUCCAUGUCAGAUCGGAUUCUAGAUGCCCCAGACAUCCGCAAUGAUUACUAUCUGAACCUUAUUGACUGGAGCGCCCUCAACUUUCUGGCUGUGGCUCUGGAUAAAACUGUGUAUCUGUGGAACUAUGAGUCCCGAGAAAUAAUUCAGCUCAUGCAGAUGGAACACCCAGAUGAUUACAUCUCCUCUGUGUCCUGGAUCAAAGAAGGAAAUUACCUUGCAAUUGGAACAAGUAAUGCAGAGGUCCAGCUGUGGGACAUCCAGCAAAAAAAGCGUCUACGAAAUAUGAUCAGCCACUCAUCCCGUGUGAGCUCCCUGAGUUGGAACAAUUACAUCCUUUCCAGUGGGUCACGGACUGGACACAUUCAUCACCAUGAUGUUCGUGUGGCAGAGCACCAUGUAGCAACACUGGCUGGCCACACACAAGAAGUGUGUGGACUUAAGUGGGCACCUGAUGGCCGUUACAUAGCUAGUGGGGGAAAUGACAACCUGGUAAACAUCUGGCCAAACACCCAAGGGGACAAUGGGAGACCUGGUCCUGUGCAGACAUUUACACAACAUCAGGGAGCUGUUAAGGCUGUGGCUUGGAGUCCAUGGCAGUCCAAUGUACUGGCAACAGGAGGUGGAACCAGUGACAGGCAUAUCAGGAUCUGGAAUGUAUGUUCAGGCGCCUGUCUAAACACUGUGGAUGCGCAGUCUCAGGUGUGUGCUAUACUUUGGUCUACAAAUUACAAAGAGCUUGUGUCUGGCCAUGGUUUUGCUCAGAACCAGCUUGUAUUAUGGAAAUACCCAACCAUGUCCAAAGUCACAGAGUUGAAAGGUCACACUGCUAGAGUGCUGAGCCUGACUAUGAGCCCAGAUGGGUCCACAGUAGCAUCAGCUGCAGCAGAUGAGACAUUGAGACUUUGGCGCUGCUUUGAGCUGGAUGCGUCACGGAAGAAGGAGAAAGAAAGCAACACCAAGAGCAGCAUCAUCCAUCAAGGCAUUCGUUGAGUCUCCUCUCACCCCUCUCCUACCAUAUUUGCCUUAUGUACAGGACUUUUUAAACAAUUUAAUAAAUUUCACUCUCCUUCUCCAGAAGUGAUGUUGGUGAAUAAGCAAUAAGGUAUUAUAAGACAAUAAGCAUUCCUGUGAGGUAUCAGCAGGGACUGGGUUUCUAUCCAACUGUCAUGAAACAUCAGUAAAUCAAAAAACUGAUAGAAACCUAAACAGAGAGUGCUGAGUAAUGUCUGAUGCUUAAGAUAAAUCGGAAGCAUUCUAUUUGUCUGCUGAGUUGCAUACUUGGCUGGUUAAACAAAAACUAGAUUUACUGUUGACUUGUUUUAACAUGUUGUAAUACUGCUUUGAGUUUUUUCUAGAUCCAUUAUCUUGUGUGUGUUAAAUGCCGUCAAAUUGCUUCCAAUUCACAGCAAUCCUAUGAAUCUGUUCUCCAAAAUGUCCUUUCGUUUACAGCCUUGCUCAGAUCCUGCAAAUUGAAAGCUGUGUCCUCUUUAUAAAAGUCAAUCAAUCUUA